GAAAAAAAGAUAAACAAAAAGUGACAUUCGUUUUUUAUUAAUGUUCGAAGCGACAGUCGUGAUUCGUGAAAAAAGAAGUCACGGAAUGUUUUAGGAAUAUUUUUCGUCAGUCACGGGCGUCUCAAAAAUACUCAAGUUUAGUUCGUGAUCCACGUAAUUGUUGGUUCUUUUUAUCGUUUUCACGUCGUCGCGGGUUUGUUUCGUAGCGCAAAAGAAUGAGUGUAGUUGGUAAAAAAUUAUCCGCAAUUACGACAGCUCCCUCAGCUGCAGGAGCAGCAUCUGGUGAAAGUUCUACGAGCGGAGCUACACCCACUGGCAAUCCGCCACCACCGAAAGUGAUCACCCCGGAGUAUGUGCUGAAGCUGAACAAAAUUACCGAUGAUUACCUGUGCUCUCCGGACGCGAACGUUUACGACAUCGAUUUUACCCGCUUCAAAAUCCGCGAUAUGGAAAGUGGAGCAGUGCUUUUCGAAAUUGCCAAACCGUCCGCGAGUGAAUCGGUCCAAAACAGUGAAAACAGCAGUGGCUCAACAGCGCCACUGGACGCGGGUGGUAGUGCUGGGAGUAGUGCCGUCGGUAAUGAGGACCAUGCUAAUGAGGAAGAGGAGGCCCUGGAAACAAAUGCGGGACGAUACGUUCGCUACCAGUUCACCCCGCAGUUUCUGAAGCUGAAAACCGUCGGAGCCACAGUGGAAUUCACUGUGGGCAGCAAAUGUGUAAAAAAUUUCCGGAUGAUCGAGCGUCAUUUUUUCCAGGAUCAGCUCCUGAAAACGUUCGAUUUUGAGUUUGGAUAUUGUAUUCCGUACUCGAAGAACACCUGUGAACAUAUUUACGAAUUUCCCACCAUCCCACCGGACCUAGUUAAUGAAAUGAUCACGAAUCCAUUCGAGACACGCUCGGAUAGUUUCUACUUUGUCGAUAACUGCCUGGUAAUGCAUAAUAAGGCAGACUACGCGUACAACGGAGGUCUCUGAGCUUAAUCAUCCGGAAAUUUGGUUUUUCGAUCGCUCGUUGAUAGUGGCAUAAAGUAGAAGAGGAAACAGAAUAAUGAAACUAGGCUAAAAGGCAAACAUCCUCAUGGCAUUAUUUUUCAUCAAGGACCUUUCCCCCCAAUAAUGUGACGACGAUGGUAGGAAUGAGUAGGAGGGUUUGAAUGUGCAUCUGCAUUCUGCACUGCACAAAAGUGGACCAAGAGAGGCACAUCGGACGGAGACACAACUAAACGGAGCAUACCGCGCUGCGACUUCAGGUGAUUGCUUUUUUUGCGCUGUUGUUUUACAAUUUCCCUGAAGUUCUUAUUCUUUGUUUGUUUUUUCAUUGGAAGAGGGAAAAAAGUGCUUGCGAUAGGUUAGGAGUAAAACCAACUUAACCCCCUUACGUUGAAUUUGUACAAUCUAAAGCUGGUCCUGAACGUCGGGGAAUCAAUGCAGCAAAUUGUGCACCUGAGCAAUCGUACGCUCUUUCCCGUUUAUGGGCAAUAUAUAUGGGGUUUAUUUUUGUUUGCAUUGCCUUUAUGGGAACACGAGGAUUUCCUAUGCUGUUGAAUAUUAAUUGCUAAAAUGUUUAUUGGAUCAAGAAGUCAUGUACUAAUUACGUUAAAUUAUGUUCGUGGAAUGUGAAAGAUUUUGACAAAAUAUGAGAAUGAAAAAAAAAACAAAUCUGCAGUGAACUUCAGAAAACUCGAUUCUCAUUGGUCGUAGAUUUAUUUUGUUUCGUAAAUAUAUAUUUUCCGCGGUGUGAAUGAUGGAUGGUCCUCACCACAGCUCGCCUUCUCCAUGUACUGUCUUUCAUCUGCACUCUACCAUAGGUACUACGCACUACUUUUCUUUUGAAGACUCCAAGUGCACGUUGGUCAUCCACCAGCAUUGCCCAGAUUUCGUGUACUGUAAGACUACCCGUUUUAGCGUUUUGUAAUAGUCAGUUUGGUACGACGGCGAACUCUGUUCGAUCGAAGUGUAUAUUUUCGAUGUAGUCGAUGGAACCAAGUAUUUGAAUGAGUCUCGUAAAAAUCACACUGUUCUCUGUUCUGCGUAUUACCCCUUUAAAGUAAGGAUAUGACAAAUUUCAAUGUCAAAAAUGCAAAAAAAACUCAAACCCUCAGAAAAAAAAUAAUAAAAAUAAUAAAAACUAAACUUAUUAUGGAAGAUCCAUUAGUUACGUAACGCAAAAAUUGCCAUUCACAACUUUCCUCUUCUUAUUUCACAUUUUUUUAUGAAGCAUCUGAAAAUUUCGUAUGAAUCAUCACACUUCAGACUACUCCCUCUCUCUCAGGGCGAUACGUAACUUAUGGAAGUUCCCUUAGGAAAAUAGUAAAUUUUUCAUUGAAAUCGAAUAGAGAUGGAAUUAUUUAUCUAAAACGGUUAAGUUCUUUUGCUUUUGACGGAUACUAUGUCUGAAGGGAAGGCUCAGGUAAGGAUGUAAAACGGAAAUUUCCAAAUCCGAGACCGCCACGAAAGUGUGAGAGAUUCGGAAACUCUACUAUUGAAUAUCAACGUUAAACUAUUAAACAUUUCAUUUAUUUCCAAACACGGUAAAAAAUUCAGAAUUAUUUAAUCCCGUUCAUGCAUCCCCAACUUCGACAUCAGAUUGAUGUAAGGUACGGGUCGUGUUUAGCGUGCGUGCGGAAUUUUCAUUAGAGAUUUAUAAAGGGCGGAUCAAGGCGUCCGGUUGUCGGCGGGUAGUUGCAAGAAUUUAUUCACUAAAGUGACGAUUUGGAUGUCCUCAGCACAAAGUGAAAUUUUCCUCGCAAGACUCUAACUUUGGUUUUAUUUCUGUUAGUGAUUAAAAAUGAAAUGGGUUCCGAGAUAAACCUUAUUCAAAUCGCAAAACUUAAUCGCUUCGCAAUGGCACAAAGUUGCCGUCGGUAUUAAAAUUCCAUCGUUGUCGAGAACCAU